CGCCUCUCAGGUUCUAAUCUUUCUCCGAUUUGGUGAUCCCAUUGGUCGGACUACUUCUGCCAAAUCCAUAGACACCGUGGAAUGCUGCAAGACAAUGCACGUGGCUGCCUUGAAAAGACAUUCUUGGAGCUGGAGAAGGCGUGCCUAGAGCAGGAAGAAGCCUUGUUAAGAUUUGAAGCUCAGAAGAAAGAUUUGAAGAAACAGCUUGAGGAGAGUGAAGCUCAUAACAAAGUGAUUAAGAAACAGCUUGAGGAGAGUAUUGCUCAGAAUGAGGUGCUUGCACAGCGUGAGAUGCAACUACAGCAAAGGAAUAACAGCAUUAUGUUGGAGAAAGAGAAGGCAGAUGAAAAGGUGUUACUCAUUUCAGAAGAACAUAAGAGAGAGAAGAAAGAAUUGUCUAGAACAAUCAUAGAAUUGGAAAAGCAGCUUGACGUCAGACGUACAUUAGAGCUAGAGAUUGAGCUUCUAAGUGGUGCUUUAUUGUUAAUAAUUAAAAAUGAAUGAGGAUGGGGAUUUGCAAAGGCAAAGUGAGAUGAAUGAGAUUCAGGAACUGUUAAAGAAGAAGGAGGACUUGACCAUGGUAGAACUUAUUGCCAAGGAGUGGAUAACUAAUGAUGCUGUUCAGGAAGUUCAGAAUGAGUUGAUCAUCGGACUUUGGGAUUCAACAAACCAGGCAUUUAUUCAUAUGAAGAGAGCGGGAGUUGACAUCAAUCCAUUUCAGACUGCAACCAGCAGAAAUCUUUUCAAGGAAGCAAAUAUUGAAUUGUUGGAGUUGUGGUCUUUAUUUGCUGAUUUUACUAGGGACCAGAGCUGGCACCCAUUCAAGAUUAUUGUGGAUAAAGUAGGAAAUGUGAAGGAAAUUAUUGAUGAGGAGGAUGCCACAAUGAAACUUAUAAUGAACAAUUUGUUUGGGUGAUGAAUUUUGCAAGUUUGUCACAUCUUCCUUGGUCAGAGUGAACGAGAGUGAGAACAACAUCGAGAAGAAGAAUGAUCCCAGUUACAUUAGACCCGUGAUGUGGAACUAGAAGACACAGAUGAAGGCUACAGUUAGAAAUGUAUGUUUGAAUGCGAUGGAAUGGAGGAAAAAAAGCAUGAAGGGAAAAUAAUAUGGUGAAAAAUAUCUCUUUAAUUCUGUUGGAGAUAUUAAAGAGAUAAUUUUAAUAUGUUGGAGACCUGCAUAGGUUUGGUGAGUUGGUGCUAGUCUGCCACCACCUACUGACUAGCUCUUUUUUUUUUUGUUGGUGAUCAAUUUAAUUUUCUGUGGGUUAUCCCUGGAAAUGUAACAAUAAAUCUAAGCCAAUCCCAUGAGGCCGUAAUGGACUAAUGGCCACCCGAAGAUGAGAACCAGAGUACAAGACCGACACAAAAAUGAAAACCCAUCGAGCAAGGCUGGCUCUUAUUAAAAUGCCAAUCCUUUAUAAGUUGUUUUUGUCUCAACUUCAUCUCAAUAUAUAUGACCAGUCAUGAACUCAAGUGAAGAGGAAUGAUCUUUCUGUGGUACGUGUUUGGUUUUAUUGUUCAGAAAGUCAGGUUCUCUCCCCCAGUAUCUAAACUUUCAUGUUAUUCACUG